GGUGUCUUUUUCCCCUGCACACAAGAGAAACCCCGGGCUGACUGUUGUCUUUUCUUCCCGUCACAGUUCGACCCUGAUUUUCAAACGCCUUUAAUACUUGGUGAAUCGUUGGACUUGUCGGACUCUGAAGAGUCACAGUUUGUCGGUGCGUUUCAAGACGGCCUGUGGGCCAAGUCUGAGCCCAUAUUGUCCAUGUCUGCUUUCCAGAAGCCCGGAGCUGGCGCCAUCUUAGAUUACGGUUCCACACGAUCUUUGCAUGAUGCUGCCUCUUACUCUGCCUACGGUCAAUCACCUUAUGUGACUACCCCGAUGGUCCCAUCUCCCAUGGCCGACCAGGCGAGUCAGAUUUCGGACUGUGUUCCAUAUCUGCCCAAUAAUGAGUACGCUAGUUCGUACGAAGAGUCUCAAUCCCCUAUGUUGGGCGCACGCCACCGCCAGCUUCCCGAGAUUGUGACUUACAGCCCCCAGCGUGGACGGGAAGGAACUCGAGUGAUGGUCCAGAUCCAAUCCCCCUAUGACCUUCACAGUUCCACAAUUGCAGCCUUGUACUUGGUCUUCGGCUCCAAGAAGUGUGAAUCCCUCCCGACUUUCCUCGGAUUCCAGGGCUCCGCUUUCCAGUACGGUCUCUCAGCCGAUGCACCUGCAUUCUUGUCUACUGGUUCCCCAUCCUUCGCUGUUCCUCUGUCGGUCUCAAUGGAGACCCAGGAUGACUGCCCAGCCACUACCCUCCAAGUCGGUGUUUACACGUAUGAGCAGGUCCCCCAUUCUUCUCCACCGGGGGAUAACCGCAAGAGGAAGUUCUCUCCAUAUAUCGACCACCAGGUUGCCCCAUCUGCCAAGCGUCACAACGGACAAGUCAUUCCCAAGGUUGAGCACCAUGAGGGAUACCACAGCCGCAACGUUUCCGGAUCUUACUCGCCUUACUUGCAGCCUCUUCCCGCCAUGACUGGCUUUGUCGCACCUUUCCACGCUGCCUCCUCCCCCCAAAACGGCUCUGGUCAAUACUCCUCUGUCGCCACUCCUCAGCCCACCCUGCGUGUCCCUUCCCCCAUUACACCGGCCUGGAGCCCCUCGUUCGGCUCCGUGAGCAACGAUGGUCGUAACGCAGGUCUCGCUUUGGCACAUGGCAUGCCUCAACAGAAGGGUCCUUCGCAGAGCCGUUCCGUGCUCCCCACCCUCAUCCGCACAUCGACCAUCCAAUCCAACGGCAUGUCUCACAACCCCACCUUUAAUCCUUAUGCUAUGUAUCCUACCAAGGCUGUCCUGAAGCUCAACGGUGAUCUCGACUCCAUGGCAAAGGGCUGGUCGAAGGAUGAGAUGUCCAGCCAGCGUCGUCUGGUGCAGUUCACCCGUUCCCAGACUGGCAGCACUAUCCAGGCCGACUUCAAGGCUGUAACUCCCGAGGACCGCGCACCCAGCAGCAUCUGCAUCAGCUGUAUCUCCUGGGAAGGCAAGAGUGAGUGCUACGUCACCAGUGUGGAUACAAUCUACCUGCUUGAGUCUCUCGUGGCUGUUCGCUUCACAGUUGAGGAGAAGAACCGUAUCCGCCGCAACUUGGAGGGUUUCCGUCCUUUGACAGUCUCCAAGGCCAAGGCCGACAGCGAGGAGUUCUUCAAGGUCAUUAUGGGCUUCCCUGCUCCUAAGCCCCGCAAUAUCGAGAAGGAUGUCAAGGUUUUCCCCUGGAAGGUCCUUGCCCAUGCCCUGAAGAAGAUCAUUGGGAAAUACUCUGCCAGCUACUCCUCCACUGCCUGUGCCCUCCCUACACCGAUGGCCACCAACUACAUUAGCCACGCCAGCCACGCCAGCCACGCCAGCCACGGCACAGGAUCCGACUCCGGCACCGAGGCGCACACUGCCAACUCGCCCCAGUCCAUCUCCGACGCCGGAAACACCUAUGCUACUGGCAUGCCUGUCCAGAGCUAUUCCCAGCCAGAUCAUUCCACAUCGCAGCUCUCAUCAGCCCCAGAUCUCCGUUCCAUGAUUGCAGUGACCCAGCCCUACACAUCUGUCGGCGGCUACUCGUACCCCGCAAUCUGCCACCCGCAGAGCGCCCACGGCCUCUCAGCACCCGCCCCACGACCAGCAUGGGAGAUGCAACCGCUGGGUCCCGGCGCACCCCACACCGGCGCACCAUCAAACGGAGCAUGCUACACCUAUCUGGAUCCCGUGUACUCGAUGCACGACAACACGCACCACUGA